UGAGAAGGCAUCAUAUAUCCAGGCAUGACAAUACAGUCAAUUUGCUGCUGCCUCAUUGUAGCCUGGAGGCAGCUGGUCAGUGGUAAGCUUUGGGGACCCGAGGAUCAGACGAGGCCUCUCUCUGUCCAUCGGAGCCUGGUCAGCCAGUCUUCCUGUGUCUGUCUCAACCAUGGACGCCAGCACCACCAAGCUCAUCCAGCCCACAACGGACCUCACCAUCACCCAGUUGAACCAGGAGUGUCUCCUCCACCUCCUCUCCUACCUGGAUAAAGACAGUUGUAGGUCUUUCUCCCUGACCUGCCAUCGGCUCAGAGAGGUCUACCUGGACCCCAGACUGUGGUCACUGCUCUUGUUCCACUCCCCCUCUGAGCUGAGCAGAGAGAACUAUGUGUUAGGAUCGUCACUGCGCUAUCUGGCUGUCACCUGGCACAGCUCCAGGGUCAAGGUCUGUAACAUAGAGGACUGGAUGAAGAAUCAGUUCCAGAAGGAUCUCUGUAGUAAACAUGAGAGUCUGGUCAGCAGCUUCCUAGAACGUGUCUGUACCAUGUGUCCUAACCUGCUGUCCCUGACCCUGUCUGGCUGCGGGCAUAUCUCAGACCAGGAAGUAAUCUGUGUUCUGCAGAGCUGCAGUCGCCUCCGCUCCCUCCAUCUGGAGAACUGUGUCCGGGUCACAGACCUGACCCUGCAGGCCCUGGUGCUCCAUGGGGUCGGCCUCCACCAGGUCACGGUGGACUUCUGCCGCAACGUUACCCAGGCAGGGCUGGAGAUGAUCCGAGAAAGACGGCCGGACAUUAGGCUGACCGCUGAGAGGAGCGCAGGGAUGAUUCCUGAUAGUAAACCGGACAAGAGGACGCAGCUACCACUCAGACGGAGACUUAUGCAGAAGGGCCUAAUGUUCUCCUGAUGAGGCUGUGUCUCUAUGGGCCCUGGUUAAAAGGAGUGCACUACAUGGGGAAUAGGGAGCUAUGACCAGAACCCAAUAUGGACUGCUGAAGAUUCUUCCGUUAUCCUGAUGACCAGAACCCAAUAUGGACUGCUGAAGGUUCUUCAGUUAUCCUGAUGACCAGAACCCAAUAUGGACUGCUGAAGGUUCUUCCGUUAUCCUGAUGACCAGAACCCAAUAUGGACUGCUGAAGGUUCUUCAGUUAUCCUGAUGACCAGAACCCCAUAGGGACUGCUGAAGGUUCUUCCGUUAUCCUGAUGACCAGAACCCAAUAUGGACUGCUGAAGGUUCUUCCGUUAUCCUGAUGACCAGAACCCAAUAUGGACUGCUGAAGGUUCUUCCGUUAUCCUGAUGACCAGAACCCAAUAUGGACUGCUGAAGGUUCUUCAGUUAUCCUGAUGACCAGAACCCAAUAUGGACUGCUGAAGGUUCUUCAGUUAUCCUGAUGACCAGAACCCCAUAGGGACUGCUGAAGGUUCUUCCGUUAUCCUGAUGACCAGAACCCAAUAUGGACUGCAGAAGGUUCUUCAGUUCUCCUGAGGACCAUAGACUUAACCACAGACAUCUGCUUCUCAAAUAGCACCAUAUUCCCUAUAUAGUGCACUACAUUUGACAAGGGCCCAUUGCGCUCUGGUAAAUAGUACUGUAGGGAAUAUUUGGGAUACAGUCCAUAGUGUCACCACUAGGAGGCAGUGUUGAAAUGCCUAAAGGUGAAUGGGAGGGUCACUGGACUUGUUUUGGACUUCAGUCUUAUUGAUAGGAGCAAAAAAUUGUUUCAGUUCUGAAUUAAAAGUGCCAAUUAUUAUAAUUGUUUUGACUUUAUACCGACUUUAUGUGAGGUGUUUCAUACUCUUUGUCUGGUUGGGUUUUAUACUGAGAUUUGAUGACUUGUUUUAAUGUUUGUUUUAUUAAACACUAACGGUGGUUGACACAG